AGGGGGCAAGGAAGGGCGGAAGUGGCUGGCGUUGUUGUUGUUUGGUGUUUCGCAGACAAAAUGGGGAAGACGUCCUGUCUCUUCGUCACUUUGGGACUUUUUGUCUCCCUAGCGGGCGUUUUGGCGUCCUCUGACGUGUUCGACAGCGUGCUGGGGAGCACGGUGUCCUGCAUUAGGUCGUGUGAAAUGACGUACACUUUACACACAUACCCGAGGGAGGAGGAACUCUAUGCUUGUCAGCGAGGCUGCCGACUCUUCUCCAUUUGCCAGUUUGUGCGUGACAGCAAAGAUUUGAACCAAACCAAAUCCGACUGUAAAUCAACCUGCCAUGAAGCCUACUCACAGACUAAUGAGCAGUUUGCGUGCAACUUGGGCUGUGAGAACCAGCUUCCCUUUGCAGAGCAACGCUACGAACAGCUGGAAGCCAUGGUGCCGAGGAUUCACUUGCUGUACCCGCUGACUUUGGUGCGAGGGUUUUGGGACGACAUGAUGAGUCAGGCCCACAGCUUCAUCACCUCCACGUGGACGUUUUACCUCCAGGCGGAUGACGGAAAAGUGGUCAUUUUCCAGACUGGGCCUCAAUUCAAGUUCUCCCAGUUUGAAAUGGAGAAAGAGGAGGAGCAGGAACCACAGAAGACAAUCUCCGUGUUGAGCAGUCCCGUCUACAAAGACUACCAGCGCACGCUCAUCCAGGAGAGAGACCGGGACUUGAAUGUCGAUCGCAGCUACGGCGAGAACACCCUCUUCAGCUGCCUCGCAAGGAACCCUUGGCUGCCAGGCUGGAUUCUUACCAGCACUCUGGUUUUGUCGGUGAUGGUCCUCAUCUGGAUCUGCUGUGCCACUGUGGCGACCGCUGUGGACCAGCACGUGGCUCCUGAGAAAUUGAGCAUUUACGGCGAUAGGGACUACAUCACGGAGAAGAAACUGAUUCCCUACCUGUCGUCCUCCCUGGUCAUCACUGCGAAAGGUCUGGAAGCAGCAGAUGAGGAAGAGGCAGGGCCUCUCCCUGCCAAGGUGAACCUCGGUCAGUCCGACAUUUAAAAGCUAGUGUUUUUUUGUUUUUUUUUAAUAAGUUGAUUCCUGCUGCAACUUUUUGUGCUAUGAAAGAAACCGUACUUGCAAAACAUUUUCUAUGAUUGAGUUAAUGCUAUACAAAUCAUAAGUGGGCCACAUUAUGGUACUAAAACAGUACAAAACUUAAAAUACGCGAGUGUUUACCUUCCCUUUAAUUUUGUGUGUUGGUUUAUUUUAUUGAAAAUAUGUAACUUUUGGUUAUACAGACAAUGUUUGGUAUAAUGAGGCAAUAUGGUAGCAGUGUCCUGUUCUUGUGAUGUGUACAUGACAUAUUUAAUAAAAUGCUUUUAAAUUUCGAAAAAA